AUGCAGCGAGGUGGGCGUGUCCUAAACUCUUGUAAACCUUUGUUUGGCGCUAUAUUGGAUCCCGGCUUAUCGGUCACUUUGAUGCAGUCGAAAUAUGUUAACCAAUCUAAGAGUUCGAACUCCCACGGUUACAAAGUGGAUGACUACAAAAUGAAUUGGAUGAGUCUGAUGAAUGAAAUAUUAAAACGUUUCUUCCAAUUGGUCGGAGCUCGGUGA